AUGCAUUUCGCAUACCCACCGAGGAAGAGCUCGAAUCCGCCGCCCUUUCGCCCACGAUCGUCGAGGAUACCAACGAUCCGGAGGAUACGGCCAAAGACAUUGGCGAUUGGCGGUUUGGCUAUAAUGUUUCUGAUAUGGCUAUUCUCCGGUAGCAGCUCCAAGUCCAGCUCGGGCCGGCGUGGGCGUGUAAUAUCGGGCGAUCCGCCGGUCGUAAUGGUCACGGUGUUUGACGAGAAACUAUGGGGCGGCAGUCCAGAUUACCUGGAAGAUAUCAGAGACAACAGGAUGCAAUAUGCUGAAAAGCACGGAUACAAGACAAUGCUUGUGUCGGCAGGCGGCUACGAUAUUGGAAGCGAUCCCAUGUCGUGGACCAAGGUGACGGCCACGCGACACGCCCUGGCGGAAUUUCCAGAUGCCAAGUAUAUUUGGUACCUUGACCAGCACUCCUUCAUCAUGAACCCCGAGCUGGACAUUGUCGACCACAUCAUGGGUACCAAGAACUUGGAAAAGACCAUGAUCAAGGACCUUCCUGUUGUCCCACCGGACAGCAUCAUCAAGACUUUCUCACAUCUGAGAGGAGAUGACAUUGAUUUUGUUGUCACCCAGGACAAGGACGGAUUGUCGGCGGGUAGCUUUAUUAUCCGUAAUGGAGACUGGGCCGAGUUCUUCUUGGACACUUGGUUCGACCCGUUAUACAGAAGCUACAACUUUCAAAAGGCAGAGACACAUGCGCUGGAACACAUUGUGCAGUGGCAUCCCACCAUUCUCUCAAAGCUCGCCAUCAUUCCUCAGCGCCUCUUGAACUCAUACAACAGACCAAAGCACGGCGAAGUCUACGAGGAUGGCGACUUUGUUCUGCGCCUGGCCGGCUGUAUCAAGGGCAACGGCGAUAAUAACUGUGCUGAAGAGGCCAAGAACUUUGCGCCCAAGUGGAAGAAGGCUUUUGCUGCAGCCUAG